AUGACUCCUCACAAUGUUCCCUUGUACAUUUUGUGCUUUUCCUUGAUCACAAUCUUGCAAUCCACAUUAGCACAAUCCAACAACUAUAUCAUCCAUAUGGACCCAUUAGCCAUGCCCAAGGCAUUUUCUGAUGAGCACAAUUGGUAUUUGUCCAUUCUUACCACCAUAUCCAAUACUGCCACCGCCACCAAAAUCCUUUCGUCAUCCAAAAUCAUCUAUACAUACACUCAUGUGAUGAAUGGCUUUAGUGCAAGUCUCACUCCUUCUGAGCUUGAGGCCUUAAAAGGUACUCCUGGUUACAUUUAUUCCUUCAAGGACUUAAUUGUCUAUGCGGACUCAACUCAUACAUCUGAAUUCCUCGGCCUGAAUCCCAAAUUUGGGGCAUGGCCGGCGUCAAAAUAUGGGCAGGAUGUAAUUGUUGGCAUUGUGGACACUGGGAUUUGGCCUGAAAGUGAAAGUUAUAAUGAUGAAGGGAUGAGCGAAGUCCCAGUAAGAUGGAAAGGUAGAUGUGAAAAUGAUUCCAACUUCAACUCCUCAAUUUGCAACAAGAAGUUAAUUGGAGCUCGUUACUUCAACAGAGGCCUAAUUGCGCAGCUACCAAAAAAUGCGACCAUGGUAAUGAAUUCCAUGCGCGACGUUGUUGGUCAUGGUACCCACACCUCCUCCGUCGCCGCGGGAAACUAUGUUAAGGAUGCUUCAUAUUUCGGCUAUGCACGGGGAACUGCUACUGGUGUAGCUCCUCAUGCGCAUGUGGCCAUGUACAAGGCUCUAUGGGAGGAUAGAGAUUCUUUUACGUCCGAUGUAAUUGCUGCAAUUGAUCAAGCAAUAAGUGAUGGCGUAGAUGUGUUGUCCUUGUCGUUUGGAAAAAAUAUGGUUCUUCCAUUGUAUUUAAAUCCUAUAGCCAUCGCCACAUUUGCAGCAAUAGAGAAAGGUGUAUUUGUCUCCACCCCGGCUGGAAAUACCGGACAUUAUUUUCAGAAACUCCACAAUGGCAUACCUUGGGUGUUGACCGUUGCUGCCGGUACAAUUGAUCGUGAAUUCGGUGCCGUUUUGGGUCUGGGAAAUGGAGUGAAAGUCUCAGGCUCUGCUCUUUAUAUAGGGGAUUUUAAUUCAACCCAAUACCCACUAGUAUUCAUGGAUGACUGUAACAACUCCGUUGAGUUGAAAAAUAUUAGGGGAAAGAUCGUUGUGUGCGAAGUCAAGAAUUGGCCUCUAUCUUAUGAAAUGUCUGACAUAAUUCGUGCCAACGUCACAGGAGGUAUUUUCAUAACAGAUUCUACAAGAUUUUACAUCCGAGACACAUUUCCUGCCAUAAUCAUGAAACCAAAAGAUGGUGAAACAAUCAAAGACUACAUUGAAAGAAACAAAGAACCAAAAGCAACCUUGGAAUUCGGAAUUACAAAUCUUGGCACGAAACCACAACCAACCGUUUCUAAGUUCAGCUCUAGAGGACCAUCACAAAGUUGCCCAUUCGUGUUAAAGCCUGAUAUCAUGGCUCCCGGUGACAUGGUCUUGGGUGCGUGGCCUUCCAACAUUCCAGUUGAUAAUUCACAACUUCUCUUCAGCCAUUUCCAUUUACUGUCAGGUACAUCAAUGGCGUGUUCUCAUGCAGCAGGAGUUGCGGCGCUUUUGAAGUCGGUGCAUCCCGAAUGGAGUCCCGCCGCCAUCAGGUCUGCCAUGAUGACCAGUGCUGAUGUGAUGGACAAUACGCAGAGUCCAAUUAAACACUCUGGUCCCAAUUUCGAGACAGCAUUUCCUACCGUAAUGGGAGCCGGUCAUGUCGAUCCAAAUAAAGCAUUAGACCCCGGACUCAUUUAUGAUGUGGGUGUGAAUGAUUAUGUGAAUCUUCUUUGCGGAUUGGAGUUCACAGCGAACCAAAUCCGAGCCAUCACAAGGUCAUCUACAAAUAAUUGUUCUGCUCCAUCAUUGGACCUUAACUACCCUUCAUUCAUUGCAUAUUUUAACGUCAAUGACUCCAAAUCAGACAUGGCAACUGUGCAAGAAUUUCAGAGAACAGUGACGAAUGUGGGUGAGGGAAUGUCUACCUACAUUGCUAAGGUCCCGACCUUGGACGGGCUUAAGGUCAGUGUGACACCGGAUAAGCUGGUGUUUAAGGAGAAGAAUGAGAAGCAGAGUUACAAGUUGAGCAUUGAAGGUCCACAAUUGAUGAAACAAGAGCAGGUUUUUGGUUUUCUUAUCUGGGAAGAAGUUGGAGGUCAUCAUGUGGUGAAAAGUCCUAUAGUGGCCACAAGCAUUAACUCGGACAUUACUGGUUAG